AGAACAGAUGGGGUCGAGAGGAUCGCUGCAGUCAACGAUGAUUCUUUAUUUCUCAGGGUUACAUAUAUACUAAACCAAGAAGAGAGGCAUCACAAAGAAAAUUCUUCCCCAUGUACAUCAUCUUUAAGAUAACAAUAACCAGAGCUCUCUCAUGGCGCCAAAGGCAUCCUACUUAUCUUAAGGGCAGUCGUGUAAAGCCAUCUAUCUGCACCUUGUGUACAUUCAAGGCUCACUAAUGGUCUGUUAGGAGUUAACUUGGAUAGUAAAUUUCAGAGGGGUGGCGGGACAGAGAGCUAUGUCUGCGAACAGACCCUUGAUAAUCAAUCAAGGCAGCUCCCAGAGUCAGCUUUUUCAAGCCGCUCCCCGCAACAUCUGGGCUCUAAGACUCCUCAAGGUUGCACUGAUGGUCAAGCUCUGAGCUCUGUUUUUUAGAACAGUAAGACUGAAUAACGCUGUGUGCUGUGGGUGUUCGUGCUAAGUCACUUCAGUUGUGUCUGCUCUUUGCGACCCUAUGGACUGUGCCUGCCAGGCUCCUCUGUCCAUGGGAUCCUCCAGGCAAUAAUACUGGAGUGGGUUGCCAUGCUCUUCUCCAAGGGAUCUUCCCGACCCAGGGAUGGAACUCGCAUCUCGUAUGUCUCCUGCGUUGGCAGGCGGGUUCUUCACCACUAGUACCACCAGGGAAGCCAAGAAUGCUGGGUUACUGAAUUUAAAUAUUGUAGGUGCCAAGAUGGGACUGGGAGUCUCCCUCACUGGGUGGAUCACAGAGGCGUGUAGGAGACUGCAGAGUUGGCAUUGUCCCCUGGAACCUGGGGCGGAGAACUGGUAGGGCCUGGGAGGCCUCUCAGACACUGGGAUCUAAUGGGCCUUAGAGUGGGCCCUUUGACUGUUAGCACAAAAUAAACAGGAGCCGCCUAGGCAUGUUACAGCAGACAACCAAUCAACUUCAUACUGGCCCUCCAACUCGGUCCCUACAACAGGACUGGGAGGCAGGUGUUACUGCCCACAUUUUACAGAGAGCAGCUGUCAGGAAGAUGAAGCCUCUUGUUAAGGAUCCCAUGCUCUGUACAUUGCAAAGGAAGAGCUUUGAGUUCUGCUCCUUGAUUCAAACAUCCUCCCAAACCAAACUCCACCUUUCCCACGUACAGCUGAAAAGGAUCACGGAGGACACAUUUCAGGUCAACUCACUCUCGGUUUACAACACAAGAGAAUGGAGCUCCUCAACAGAAGUGACUGCUAAGGUCACAAGCCUUGCGCGUGACAAGCUGCGCUCUCGGGAAACCAAGCCUCAGUUUCUUGUUUCCAGUGCCGCCUCCUGGGGGGCGGGGAGGGGCCGCUGCCGGGGCCCUGGCGUUCCGGGGCGGUCCCUGGCGGCCGUGCUUUCCACAGCCACCCGAGCGCCGAGCGCCGCGAGCCGGGUGCGGAACUGCGCGUGCCGGCCACUCCUGCGCGCUCCCGCCUGCCCGCCGCGCCGAGCUACCCGGCACGUUGACUGUCGAGGUCCGAGGGCCAGGGGUCGCAUCCCGCUGCCGGAGCCCGCCGUCCCCAGGACGUCUAGAGAAGCGUUCCAGCUCUCUCUGCCCCAGGAACUUUUCGCAGACCUGGCACGAUCCAGCAGCGGCGGUGGCCGCGGGUUUUCAAAGCAGCUGCGCGGAUCUCGGCACAGGUCAUGAAUAUCUACGGAGAAGAACACCAAGGUCAGGUCAGCAUCAGGUUGACUUCACAUCAUCUCUGAGAUAUUUAAAGUCAUCUCUUCCAGUUAUGCUUAAUGGGGAGUGAGGAAUCCAAGAGUCAUCCUAGCACUCUUAUGGGAGCACAUACUCUCGCCAUCAUGAAACUUGCGACACCUGACAGAAGGAUGGCAGCAGGGGCAGGGGAGGCAGCAAUAACGGGAGCCACGGCAGGUACUAUGACACGGCGUCCACCAAGUCUUCACGCCCAGGGCAGAUCAACCAGCACUGGCAGGAGCAGCCUUCAUGAAUCCAGGAGGAAGCAGAGCCAGCAGGGCCAGGGCAGGUGCUUCCAGCAUGUACCCACCUAUGAGGUAGCAAGGCCUGUGAGCAUCUCCUUGUCCUCAGAGGGCAAUUCAGCAUGUUGGCAGGAGGUGCCAGUCUCUCCCCAGAAGGCAGCAUGGGUGUGGUGCUUGCAGGAGAAGAUACCACCAGCAAGCCUGUAUCAGAACAGCUAAAGUUCCAAUGGUGGGAUCCCUCAUCUCAAGUUUGCAGACUGAAAGCUGAAUGAUUAACAGGAUGGAAGCCAGAAGGUCUCCCAAACCAUGCUGAAGUCUAGAGGAAAAGAAAGGAAAAUGACACAACUCCUGAUAAAAGGCAUUCCCAUCACCUUAUUACUGGAAGAAGACAAAUCAACUCUUAACAUGAUCCUUCUGCUGGCCCUUUGCCUGGCACGGAACCACUAGGAGAGAAAAAGAAGGGAAAAGACUGCAGCAGCCCAGGAUGUAGGGGACACAGAUCCUCCUUCAAUGGAAAGCCAAGCGAAAGCAAAAAGCCAUCGGCCACAGCCUCAUUCACUGGGUGUGUGGUCAGAUUCUCUUCCUUUCUUACUUUCCACUGACUUCAAUACAAUUGUGAAAAGCCCUAUACUCAGGUCUGGGUGGUGAAUCUGGGAAGUGAAAAACACUAAUCCUCUUCUCAAGGAGUUCACUGUAUAGUAGAGUGUAUAGUCAUCUUCUCUGUUACUCUCUUUGCCUGCUCAUGAGAAUCAUUAAUGCUGAAUCACAAACAGUACAAGGUAAACUGAGAUGUGUCCUAGGAUAGGAAAUCAUGUACAGUAAAGCUGAGAUGAUCAGAAUGUUUUUCUGUCUGGACUAUGGGCUCCAAAAGAAUAGGGGCAUAGCACACAGAUCAACUCAACUGUGCAGUGGGAAGAAACACAGUCUGCGGCCGCCUCCUAUGUGCCAGGCGUUGUACUUGGCCCAUAACCUACAUACCUAAUUCUCGUAACAAUUUUAUAAUUAAGGUAUCAACAUCUGUUUUACAAAUUAAGAAAACAAAGCUUCAGAGGACUUGAGCAACUUACCCAGAGUUACAUAGGUAAUAAGUGAUAACCUAGGUUUGUAACCUAAGUCUUUUUUACUACCUUAACUAUGGCAGCAAUUCACAAAAGCUAAUAGGCAAAAACUGACUUACAUUUUAAAAAACCUUAUUUUGACCUACAGUAAAGUUGCAAAAAUAGUGGAGAGUUUCCAUAUACUCCUCACCCAGCCUCCCCUAAUUUUAAUAUCUUAAUACUGCAGUACAAUGAUCGUAACAAGGAAAUUAACAUUGGUAACAAUAUUACUAAAAACUAAAACUUUCAUUUGUUUUUCAUCAGUUUUGCCACAAAAGUCCUUUUUUCUUCCAGGAUUCCAUUAAGGAUCCCACACUAAUCAUUUUUUUUUCCACAGUAGUUUCAUGCUAACAAGGAUAUGAAUAAGCCACGUACCUUAUAUUUUGCUGAAAUCUUUCUUAAUUUUAUGAUACAUAAUGUAAAAUAAUACUUUGUAAAUGGUCUAUAGGCACUUGAGAAAAAGUUAUAUUUGUACUCUGCUAUUGUGUUGUGGGAUGUCCUAUAACUGUCAAUUAGGUGAAGUUGGAUGAGAGUCAUGUUUAAAUCUACUGUGUCCUUAAUGAUUUUCUUUCUACUUGUUCUAUCAAUUACUGAGAUAAUGACAUUCCUGAGUAUAUAUUGUAGAUGUGUCACUUUCUUCUCACAGACCUAUAGGGUUUUUUGCUUCAUGUAUUUUGAAACUUUGUUAUUUGGUGUAUAAAGAAUUAGAAUUGUCUUAUCUUCUUGUAAAAUUGGCCCUUUAUCAUUUCUACAUGGUCUCCAUCCCUGUAAAUAUUCUAUACUCUGAAAUCUAAUUUGAUUGCUAUUAAUAUAGCCACUUUCCAUUUCUCUGGAUUAGUGUUUGCAUGCUAUGUAUUAUUUUCUAUCUUUACUUUUCAGCAACAUUUGUAUUUUUAUUGGGUUUCUUAUAGACAACAUACUGUUGUGUCUUGUUUGUUUUUUUAAAUCUCAUUUGACAAUCUGGCAUUUAGUUGGGUCUUUUGGCUUCCCUGUGGCUCAGCUGGUAAAGAAUCUGCUGGUAAACCUCUUUGCAUUCUUUUUCCUAUUAGACUAUUUUUAAUUAUGUUUUAUAAUUUUGCUUUACAUUAUGAUGACUUCUUAGAUAACUAUUUAUAGUAUACAUCUUUAAAUACAGACCACCUUCAAGCAAUAUUAAACUUCAUGGCACUUUGAGGACCAUAUAAUAAUACACUUCCAUUUACCUCAUUCUUGUCUAAAUACUAUUCUUAUCACUCAUUUCUAUAUACAUCAUAAAACUACAAAUGUCAUUUUUUUAGCUUUAAAUAGUCAAUUAUUUCCUGAAGAGAUUUAAAUUGUAAGAGGAAAAAAGUCCUGUAUUUGUUCUAGAUUUAUUUUCAAUGAAUUUCAUUUCUUGUACAAAUCCAGAUUUCCACAGGCUCUAUUUACUUGAGAUUACAGGCUUUCCUUUGACAUUUGCAGUGAAGCUCUUUUGGCAAUUUAUUCUUUAACCUUUUGCAGGGAUGAGUAAGUAUUUUACCUUUGUGUAUGAAAUUUAUUUCUGGUGGGUAGACUGUAGAUUGACAGAUUAAAAAAAUUUUUUUUAAUACUUAAAAGAAGUUACCCUUACUCUCCUCUGACAUGCAUUUUUUUCCACUGACAAGUCUGCUGUAAUUCUUAUUACAGGAUAAGAAUAAUGCAUCUUUUUUGUGUUUCUGGACUUCAGAUUUUCCUUUUAUCAUUAGAUUUAAGUAAUUUAACUACAGUGUGAUUUUGUGUCAUUUUCUUCAUGAUUCUCAUGCUUUCGGUUCACUGAGCUUCUUAGAGCUCUGAGUUUUCACUAUCAAAUUUGAAAAACAUCAGCCAAUAUUCUUUCAAAGAACUUUAGCACUAUCUCAACACAAUGCACAAUUGACUAACAAAGUGAAAGACGGAUGGCUAAUGCUCAUGAUUACAAUGCAUUUACAUGCACAAAAGUCAUAUUACUCAGAC